AAGAAGGAAAAGAAGGAUAAGAAAGAAAAAAAGAAAAGAAAAAAGGAUAAAAAAGAAAAAAAGAAGGAAAAAAAGGACAAGAAAGAAAAGAAAGGUAAGAUAUUAACAUCAAUGUUAAGUCUAUUACUCACCAUGUCAUUUCUUUUUCUUUUUUUAGAUUCUACUCCUCCUACCGUUGUGGACAAGAAACGAAAAUAUGAUCAAGUGGAUCAAGACGAUAAGAAUAUGAAUAAUAAACAGACUGUAGAUCAAUCUGAACAGGAGUCAACGGGUGGUUGGAAUGAUUGGUCCAAGGCAUCUUUUGGUGGUGAUCAAGAACAAAAAAGUAAAUUCUUACGACUCUUGGGAGCCAAAAAAUCAUCUGCAAACAAGGAUGAAGGAAAUAAAAAGAAGACUGGUUUAUUUGGAUCUCUCAAGAGCGCUAUUGAUGAAGAUGAAGGUCAACGUAUCUCUAAUCAAUUAGAAAAACAAUUUCAAGAUGGUUUGCAGUUCCGUAAACAACAACAAAUGGGUCGUCGUGGUGGAUUGGGCUUUAAUUAGUUUAGUUAAAUUUUUAUAUCCUAUAUUUUGUAUACAUAUAAUAAUAAAACCUU